AUGGCCAAACCAAAACCUCAAAACAAAAAAUCCGACUCUAAACCUCAAACCCGCCAACCCCCCACUCCCCCUCCCAACUGGCCACCCCUCCGCCCUCUCCUCCCCGCAACAGAUCUACACCUCACCCCCCUCGUCCACGACCAGAUCUACCUAAUCCGCAACUUCCUCCCGGCAACCCUCUGCAAAACAUACGCCUCUUUCCUAUCAUCGCUGCCGCUAACGACUACACCGGGCCGGCCGAAGAAAGACGAGGCCGUGCGCGUAAAUGACCGGUUUCAGGUCGAAGAUGCGCGGUUUGCGGAGAAUUUGUGGAGCGGGACCGCAUUGAGGGAGUUGGUUUUGGAGAGGUUUGAUGAGGAUGAGUAUAGCUAUGGAGACGAGGAUGGUACACCAGAGCAGGAUGAGUCGGCCAAAGCGCAAAAGUUAUGCGAGACGUGGGGUGGACAACCGCUAGGUUUGAACCCGAAUAUUCGUAUAUACCGCUACUCGAAGGGUCAAUUCUUUGCUCAGCAUUACGACGAAUCUAACACCCUAACUUUCCACCCCGCCUCAACACCACGCUCCGUCCCCGCCCGCACAACCUGGACCCUCCUAGUCUACCUAACAACCUGCACCGGCGGCGAGACAGUCUUCUACCCAGACGCUACACGCGAGAAUCCCAAUCCAGCGGCUAUCGCGGUAGCUCCUGAGGUGGGAAUGGCGCUGUUGCAUAGACAUGGGGAUCGGUGUAUGGUGCAUGAGGGGAGGGAGGUUACUGGUGGGGAGAAGUGGGUUGUUAGGAGUGAUUUGGUUGUUGCAAGGUAG